AAGGAAAUUAGUUGGGGUGGAAAUCAUGAAGCUACUGUACAAGCUGAGCUCAGUCGUCGGAAACCCUCGGCGGAACCUAACGCCGGCGGCGGCCGCUAUCCGUUGUUUGUCGACUAAUCGAAGCGACAGAAACGGAAAAACUGGAGAGGAUGAGUGGAACGACGCAUGGGAAACGGCGUGGCUCCCGGAUGAUCUGUCUGGAAAAUCUCAUCGUGCUCCAUGGGAGUCCGAUGUCGCCUUCUCACUCCCCUCCACCGACCGGAAUCCUAAAGACACACUCUCCUCUGCGUCGGAGGAGUUGGACGCCGAGACUCAGGCUUUUGUAGCGGACAUGAAUGAGAACUGGGAUGAGAGGAGGGGGAAAUCGGUGAAAAGGGAGGCUGACAAAAGUGUAGGGGCGUCGACAUCUUCAACUUCAUCGCUUUACAGCUUGGAGAAUAUCAAGAGAGAUUAUAGACUGACGAAGCAGAAAAUUCACGCGGGGCUCUGGGCGAAGGAGAUCGAGAAAAUGGAGGAGGCUAAAUUGGGGAACUCUGUUUCAGGUGGUGAUGAUAUUGAGAAAUUGCUCGAUAGCGCUGCUGAGAUAUUUGAUUCUCCAAACGAAGAUUUGGGGGAAUCCAAGAUUACUAACUCUGACUUCAAAAACAAACCUGAUGGCUGGGAAACAACAUCGAAAACACCAGAUGGGAAUGUAUGGGACAUGACAAGGAAAGAAGAAGACAUCUUAGUUCAAGAAUUCGAACGUCGAAUGGCUUUCAACAAAUUCCAGAUUGCCAGCUUUAUAAAAACACACAUAUUUAGCCGGAGGAGACCAAUUGAUGGGUGGAAGUAUAUGAUAGAGGAAAUUGGCCCGAAUUCAAGGAAAGGGAAGGGAAGUGUUUCAAGAUUGCCCAGUGUAUCAGAUGAAUCAACUCAACCUUUUAGAGAGGAAAAGCCUCCAUUAGGUAGCACUUACUCAUCUUCCUUUAAAGGGCAGUGAAAUUGCAAGUUUUUCUCUAAUUUUGUGCGAUUAGUGAACAGCUGAAACAGAAGAUGUUUGAUAUGCCAACUUGCUUUUUAAUUCAGAUUUUGUAUACCUACCCAUGUCUACAUAACUUUUUAUAU